CGUUCGCUCCGCUCGGAUCGGUGAAAUUUUCAGUCGGUCGUUCCGAUCGGCGCUCGGUUUCUCCUGCGCCAUGACACUGGUUCGAUCAAAGCGUAUAAGUGGAUAAUUUUCGUCGGAAACUCGCGAGAUGCCGUCGAGGUUUGAGAAAACUAUGGCGAAGGGUCCGGCCGGCGAGGAGCGUCAAGGGUGAUGACAAGGAUCGGAUUAUCAUAGUGGCGAGGUGCGCGGCCUCCUUCGGCGUCGAGGGCUCGAAGAUCGGCACGAAAACCUUUCUCAUACUCCGCGAAUGCGCGCUGUUCCGAUUGCCGCCUCUGACCCCUUCGAGUUCGUCGCAGAGCUCGACCUCCGGUCGGGGCAAUUACUGAUCUUCCGGGGACAUUUCCAUCCGUGGAUCGGUCUCGAAGCACUCGAGCAGAUCCUGGCUGGAAGAAGCAAGUUCGAGGGAAGAGUGAAAUGGAAAACGCCAGAGGCGUUGGAAUAAAUAGAUAAUUCGAUUUGUAAACGAGUGGUGUUUUGUUGAACAAGGAAUGCACGAGGAACCAAGCAAACGGAAAACUGAAGUUGAACCUGUGGAAGAGAGUCGGCAGGGUGCUGAACAGGCUGCGAAGAAAGGGGAUGAAGUGGCUGCGACGAAGCAGGAUGACGAAUUCAAUGGUCAGGCUGAUUUGAGAUCGAACGGUGCGACUUCCGGUGAAGGCGGUUGCGUCAGGAAAACUGAGAAUAGUCGCAAGAAGCAGAGUUUCAAGGAUUCGAAGGAUUGCGAGGCGGCAUCGAAGUCUCCGCCUGGCUGCUCCAAGUUCUGCAAGGGGAUCAAAGACGACAGCGACUCUCAAAUUUACAAUUUCACGGUGUGCACCUCGGCGAAGCAGAAUCGGUUGGCGUACAGGAUGAAGAGGAGCAAGAGAAGGAUAGAGGAGAUUUCUUACCAAGUGAAGAUCAGAACGAAAAAAUCGGUGAAGAUUCUGAAGAACCUCUGCAAGAGCAUCAGCGCGAAGAGGGCCAUUGGAUUCAGAUGCAACCUGAGGAAAUGCAACAGCACUCUGAUGGAGUGCGGCAAGACCUGCUCGAAACCAGACAUGCUUUUCUCGGCUGCUGGUAAAGAGAAAGCAGAGAAUUGCCACGGCGAGAAGCACCACGCGGAAACCGAGACGGUGGCGAAUCAAUCGGCAGCGAUCGAGACGAAUCGAACGGAUAAAUCGAUAGUGACGGUCGAGGAGAAGGAAACGAACACUUAAGAUCUCCGGUCGAUCGCAGCAAACGCACAAGUCCUGGAUCGACCAUCGAGUCAGAUUCGUUCAAGGUUCGGGCUACUGCGGCACAGCAGACGCACGACGACCACGCGGACUUAACCCUUUCGGUACGACCGCGCUGUCAGCCGUGAUACACCCACUGUACAGGGUGCCGCGCCGAAAAUGCUCACAUAGCACAGUGGGUCAGUCCACUUUUGUACGAAGAUUUUCUUAAGCAAU